UUCGCCGAACAUUAUUAAUCAUGUUUCACUGCUAAAUGCCGGUCGAUCUUGGUUUUCAUCUAAUUAAUUGAUUCCGUUGACCAUCUUGGCAUCUUUGCUCUUGGUUUGCACUUUUGAUGCGGAUCAUCGAGGAGGAAGAAAUUAAAGUGAGUAUACCACUCCCAACUCUGUUUCUGUGGAUCAUCGAGGAGGAAAAAAUUAAAGUGAGUAUACCACUCCCAACUCUGUUUCUGUGGAUCAUCGAGGAGGAAAAAAUUAAAGUGAGUAUACCACUCCCAACUCUGUUUCUGUGGAUCAUCGAGGAGGAAAAAAUUAAAGUGAGUAUACCACUCCCAACUCUGUUUCUGUGGAUCAUCGAGGAGGAAAAAAUUAAAGUGAGUAUACCACUCCCAACUCUGUUUCUGUGGAUCAUCGAGGAGGAAAAAAUUAAAGUGAGCACAGAGCUUGACUGGAUCAGGGCCUAACGAAGAAAGUGACGCAUUUGUGAAAGAGUAACCGAGAGUGGUUGAUCAUCCUUUCUCUGUUCCUGCCUUUUGCCAUAUUGAUAAUUGCCAUUUCUUUUCUUUUCUUUUUCUUUUUUCUGGUUUUUGGUGAAAGGCUUUCUCAAUGCGUUCUUGGGUUGUUGUUCUACUUCCGUGAUUCAUUUUAGUACUGAUCCGUCUUUAUUGCAGUAUACCACUCCCAACUCUGUUUCUAGUCUGGUCUCAAAACCCCGCCCACCUAGUUUUCAUUUCUCUUUGCUUAAUUUGGUUUCCAACUUCAUCCUAUUGACUCUUUACUCCAGCCUCUAGUCUAUCAAUGUCCUAAGGAGAGAUACUCGAACUUAUUUCUUUGU